UUUCAAUGAUCCAAACGCAAGAAAGUGAACCCUGAUCUGCAGGUCGAGGUCAAGCCCAGCAUCCGGGCCAGAAAGAUUCAAGAGGAGAAGAUGAGGAAACAGAUGCAGAAAGAAGAAUACUGGAGACGACGAGAGGAGGAGGAACGCUGGAGGAUGGAGAUGAGGCGUUAUGAGGAGGACAUGUACUGGAGGCGUAUGGAGGAGGAGCAGCAUCACUGGGAUGAGCGGCGGCGUAUGCCAGACGGAGGGUAUCCACAGGGCCCCCCUGGUCCUCCUGGUCUUCUUGGUGUUCGGCCCGGUAUGCCUGGUCUGCAGCCACAGGGUCCUAUGCCUCCACGUCGUCCUGACUCCUCUGAUGACCGCUACGUCAUGACCAAGCAUGCUGCUAUUUACCCGUCAGAGGAUGAGCUCCAGUCCAUCCAGAAAAUAGUUUCCAUCACAGAGCGGGCCCUCAAGCUGGUCUCUGACAUCAUCACAGACCAGGAGAGCGCCAGUGAAGAGGACAAGGAGAAGAAAGACCCGGUGAAGGACAGAGUCCUGAAGGGGGUCAUGAGGGUUGGAGUUCUGGCCAAAGGCCUGCUCCUCCGUGGAGACAAAAACGUCAACCUGGUGCUUCUGUGCUCUGAGAAACCCACCAAGAGCCUCCUCACCAGCAUCGUGGAGCACCUCCCAAAGCAACUCACAAUUGUGACACCAGAAAAAUAUGAAGUGAAGGCCUUGUUGCAGGAAGCAGCCAUCAUUCUGACAUCCUGCAGCGAGCCAAAGAUGCAAGUGACAAUCACGCUGACCUCCCCUYUGAUCAGAGAUGAAACUGGCCCGGAAGGAGAUGUAACCWUGGGUAUGGUGAAAGACCCAGCGGACGUCUUGGACAGGCAAAAAUGCCUUGACGCUCUGGCUGCUCUGCGCCACGCUAAGUGGUUCCAGGCUAGAGCCAAUGGUCUUCAGUCCUGUGUGAUCAUCAUUCGAAUCCUGAGAGACCUGUGCCAACGAGUCCCUACAUGGUCACCUUUCCCUGGAUGGGCGAUGGAGCUGCUGGUAGAGAAGGCCAUUAGCAGUGCCCCUGCCCCUCUCAGCCCUGGUGAUGCUCUGAGACGAGUCUUUGAAUGUGUUUCCUCUGGGAUUUUACUCAGUGGUGGACCGGGCCUGUUGGAUCCGUGUGAGAAGAAGCCUGUGGACACCCUCGCUCCUUUAGGAGAGCAGCAGAGAGAGGACAUUACGUCUAGUGCUCAGUUUGCCCUGAGGCUGCUGGCCUUCCGUCAGAUCCAUAAAGUUCUGGGAAUGGACCCUCUGCCUCAGAUGAACCCCCGCUUCAGCGUCAGAAACAGCCGUAAGCGACGCCGGGACAACAGCGACGGGACGGACAGUUUCGAGGGCGAAGGCAAAAAGGACAAGAAGGAUUAUGACAGUUUUUAAGCUUUUUUUUUUCUGUUUCUAAUUUGAAAAUGUUCAACAAAGUAGUAAAAUGUUGUUGCCUGUUCUGUGUGCUGUUAACUUUUCCUUUGAAGCUUCAACCCACAGCUGCUGCUCCUUCAGAACYGACCCGUUUCUGCUCGGUUCUGUCUGAAGUCAUAGGACCCAGAUGAACGGGGGAAGUCUCCGCUCAUGUGAAUAGAUGCAUCCAGAAAUCUGUUGUUGUUGUGAAGCAGGACAGCUGUUUGUUUUAUUAAUAUUAUUAAUAGUUAAGCUCAAUGUUUAAUCUGUGGUACUUUUACGUUUCAGAGUUUCAAAACAAAAAGACAUUUCACCCAAACUGAGAGGAAUCUGAGUUAUGGAUAUAUCUUUGUGUAUUUGUCCGACCUGAACUAUCUUCUGUCUUUAUUAAGCAGACAUACUACAGAAUAUAUUUAAUGUAUAAUCAGAGAAAAUCCUUUUGCUUUAGAUCUUUAGCUUGUUUUUUGUGAAAGCUGUGGUCACUUCUGAUCCUGUUUUAGUUUUCCAUUUGUUUUCCUCCUUAAAGUAACUCUUUGCUAGCUUUUUAAUUUAGUUUGAUUGUUAAAUGAGGUUUAAGAGCCUGGUAACAAGACUACAGAUCAUGGUGGGUUCUGAAUGUUUGCUCUGUGUUMAGCUCUCCUGUUCCUCUGGCAGAAUAAACUCAUUUUCAAACAGCAA